UUUUAGUUCAUCCUAACCAUAUACUCCUUAUUUAGUUCAUUUACCAUUGCUAUUGCUAUUGCUAUUUCAACAUUUUCUUGAGAUUCAAGAAUGGGUCAUUUGAGAAGAAAGGCUCCACCUUUUUGCUCUGUUUUCUUGAUUUUCCUAACUCUUUUAUGGGGUUUUCAAAAUACUUAUGGAGAACAAAAACAACCCAUUAAAACUGUUGUUGUGUUGGUUUUGGAAAAUAGAUCUUUUGAUCAUUUGCUUGGAUGGAUGAAGAAAUCAGUGAAUCCAAGAAUCAAUGGUGUUACUGGAAAAGAGUGUAAUCCAUUGUCUACUAAAGCUCAAGAUACUGAAGCAAUUUGCUUUACUGAUGAUGCACAGUAUGUGGAUCCAGACCCUGGUCACUCUUUCGAAGAUGUGGAACAACAGGUAUUUGGCUCUGGCUCUGGCUCUAUUCCAUCAAUGUCAGGUUUUGUAGAACAAGCACUCACUAUGUCUGAUAAGAAUCUAUCAAGAGCUGUCAUGAGAGGAUUUAAGCCGGAAAAUGUCCCAAUUUACGCCACAUUAGUUCGCGAAUUCGCGGUAUUCGACAGAUGGUUUUGUUCAAUUCCAGGUCCAACACAACCAAACAGGCUAUUUCUAUACUCUGCAACUUCUCAUGGUUCCACUAGUCAUGUAAAGAAGCAGCUAGCUACAGGGUAUCCGCAAAAAACCAUAUUCGAUUCGCUACACGAAAACGGAUUGGAUUUCGGUAUUUACUACCAAAACAUACCAUCAACUCUGUUUUACAGAAAUCUAAGGAUGUUGAAGUACAUGUUUAAGUUUCAUCAGUAUGAUUUGAAGUUCAAGAAAGAUGCUAAAAAUGGAAACUUGCCUAAUUUGACAGUGAUUGAGCCAAGGUAUUUCGGUAUAAUCGGAUAUCCAGCAAAUGAUGAUCAUCCAUCACAUGAUGUUGCUGAUGGACAGAAAUUAGUUAAGGAGAUUUAUGAGACAUUGAGGAGUAGUCCUCAGUGGAAUGAGACACUUUUUGUUAUUACUUAUGAUGAACAUGGUGGAUUUUAUGAUCAUGUUAAAACUCCUUUUGGUGAUGUUCCAAAUCCAGAUGGUAAUACUGGGCCUGCACCUUCUUUCUUUAAGUUCGAUAGGCUUGGUGUUCGUGUUCCAACGAUUAUGGUGUCUCCUUGGAUCAAGAAAGGAACUGUAAUAACCAAGCCUAAGGGACCUACACCAAGUUCAGAAUUCGAACACUCAUCAAUUCCAGCAACAAUAAAGAAAAUAUUCAAUCUUACAUCGAAUUUUCUAACUCAUAGAGAUGCUUGGGCUGGCACAUUUGAACAUGUUGUAGCACAAUUGUCAUCUCCAAGAACUGAUUGCCCUGAGGUUCUACCGGAUGCAUCUCCUUUGAGAAGCACUACUACUGAAGCUGAUGAAACUCGGGCAUUGUCCGAGUUUCAGAGCGAAGUAGUGCAAUUAGCAGCUGUGUUGAAUGGGGACCAUUUUUUGAGCAGUUUUCCACAUGAAAUGGGGAAGAAAAUGAAUGUUAAAGAAGGUCAUAGUUAUGUAGGAGGUGCAGUUUCAAGAUUUAUUAGUGCAAGUAAAGAAGCUAUUAAGUUAGGAGCAGAUGAGUCUACUAUUGUAGAUAUGAGAUCUUCUCUCACUACUAGAACUUCUGUACACCACUAGUUUUUUUUAGUUUUUUUAUUUAUAUGUGAUAUCAAUAAGCCCUUUAAAUGUAUAUUGGUUUUUUUUUUUUUUUGUGGAUUUUGGCAUCCAUUUAUACUUUUGCUACUUAAUUUACUAGUAGAGUUUUUCUUUGUGUCAAGAGGAUACAACAAUCUAUAUAUAAUAAA